AUGCGCGGUCUUGUCCAAUUCAUCGCUGAUCUUCGAAAUGCGCGGGCAAGAGAUUUGGAGGAAAAGAGAAUCAAUAAAGAACUGGCAAAUAUUCGCCAAAAGUUCAAGGAUGGCAAUUUGAGUGGCUAUCAUAAGAAGAAGUAUGUUUGCAAGCUCUUGUAUAUUUACAUUCUGGGCUGGAAUGUCGACUUUGGACACCUCGAGGCGGUGAAUCUCAUCUCGGCAACCAAGUAUUCCGAGAAACAGAUAGGGUAUUUGGCGAUGACGUUAUUUCUACAUGAGAAGCAUGAGCUGCUGCAUCUAGUUGUCAAUAGCAUACGAAAGGACCUCUUGGACCACAACGAACUGUUUAAUUGUCUCGCUUUACAUGCGAUUGCAAAUGUGGGAGGCAGGGAGAUGGGAGAAGCCUUGAGCGGCGAAGUCCAUCGACUUUUAAUAUCGCCCACGUCAAAAGCCUUUGUCAAGAAAAAAGCCGCGCUCACUCUUCUUCGGCUCUACCGAAAACACCCAGACAUAAUCCAGCCCCAGUGGGCGGAGCGCAUAAUAUCAUUGAUGGACGAUGUUGAUCUGGGUGUAGCCCUGUCAGUGACGUCCUUGGUGAUGGCUGUCGCACAAGACAACCCUGACCAAUACAAGGGCGCAUACGUCAAAGCAGCCUCGCGUUUGAAGCGAAUAGUCGUCGAUGGUGACCACACGAGUGAUUACCUGUACUACAAGGUUCCCUGUCCCUGGAUCCAGGUGAAAAUGCUUCGUCUACUACAAUACUUUUCGCCCUCAGAGGAUAGCCAUGUCCGUGAGAUGAUAAGAGAGUCUCUACAAAAGAUACUGAAUUUGGCUAUGGAGUCAAACAAGAACGUGCAGCAGAAUAACGCUCAGAAUGCCGUCUUAUUUGAGGCGAUCAACCUGAUCAUUCACCUAGAUACAGAACAGGCGCUGAUGAAGCAAAUAUCCUCUCGACUAGGCCGUUUCAUAACUUCACGGGAGACGAAUGUUCGGUAUCUUGGUCUCGAAGCUAUGACGCAUCUUGCCGCUCGCGCUGAAAACCUGGGGCCUAUCAAACAACACCAAGAGGUUAUUCUGGGCUCCCUGAAAGACAGGGAUAUCAGCGUUCGUAGAAAGGGACUCGACUUGCUAUAUAGUAUGUGCGACUCGACUAACUCUGGACCGAUUGUAGCGGAGCUACUCCAGUAUCUCCAAAAUGCGGAUUUUGCUAUUCGUGAGGAGAUGGCACUAAAAAUUGCGAUUCUUACCGAAAAAUACGCGACCGAUAUUCAGUGGUAUAUCAAUGUUUCACUACGGCUCGUAGCUGUUGCAGGCGACCAUUUGAGUGAUGAGGUCUGGCAGCGUGUCAUUCAGAUCGUAACCAACAAUGAGGAGCUACAGGUGUACGCGGCACAAAAUACCUUGCAACAUGUCAAGCAAGACCAUUGUCAUGAAACGCUGGUAAAAAUUGGUGCCUAUAUUUUGGGCGAGUUUGGUCACCUGAUCGCAGAGGAGAAAGGUUGUAGCCCAAUCGAACAAUUCAUGGCCUUGUCUGGAAAGCUAUCUGCCUGCUCCUCUGGCACGCGCGCUAUGAUUUUGUCGUCAUUCAUCAAGUUUGUUAAUCUUUUCCCCGAAAUCAAACCGCAACUCCUUCAUAUUUUUGAGAUCUAUUCCCACACCUUGGAUUCUGAGCUCCAGCAGCGAGCGUGCGAGUACUUAACUCUAGCAAGUCUUCCGACUGACGAUCUCCUGCGAACCGUUUGUGACGAGAUGCCCCCCUUCCCCGAACGGCAGUCGGCAUUAUUGUCCAGACUUCAUUCAAAGCACGCUGGUACAAGCGAUAAGCGGACCUGGGUAGUAGGUGGCAAGGACGCUAAUGUUGAUGGCUCAGAGUUGAAUAUGGCUAAACAACCAGCGCUCAAGAGAGCUUUUAGCUCCAAUAUGACAGUAAACGGUGAUGGCGCUGCCAAUGGGGCUACAAAUGGUACCAACGGACACUCAACCGAUCUUGCUGGGCUGGAUAUGAACGCGGGGCCAGCGGCUGAAAAGCUUCUGAAGGCACCUAAUUUGGCCAGUGCUGCUCACUUAUCUCCUGGCUGGGAACCUGGGUACAACAAACUCCUUCUCAAAGCUGAUGGUAUCCUCUUCGAGGAUGGACAGCUCCAGGUUGGCGUCAGGUCAGAAUAUCGAGGCCAAAUGGCGUGCCUCAUUCUUUAUUUCCUCAAUAAAACACCUACCACCAUUAGCUCGUUUACGACGACGCUAGAUCUGGAUGAUAGCGAGAGAGCUAACUUAACUUGGGAUGUUAAGAGCUUGCCUGAUAGCACCAUACCUCAAGGAGGGCAAGCUAGGCAGGUCAUCAUGUUUGAGUCCAAGAAGGUUUUUAGCAAGAGUCCGACUGUCAGAAUCAGUUACCUUGCGGGAGCUCUACAGGCGCUCACACUGAAACUACCCCUGACAGCACACAAAUUUAUGGACCCUGCUGAGCUGUCAUCUGAUGAUUUCUUCAAGAGAUGGAAGCAGAUUGGCGGUGCGCCUCGGGAAGCUCAGGCUAUUAUUGGACUUGUGAGUGGAAAGGAAGCAACUCGAGAGAUCCACGAGGUAUUCGUUCGCAAGGUAAUUGAAGGGUUCCGAUGGGGGAUACUGUCAGGAGUCGAUCCAAAUACGAAGAACUUCGUUGGCGCCAGCGUUCUACACACUUCCGAAGGUGGUAAGUUCGGCUGCUUGCUACGGUUAGAGCCGAACUACGGGUCCCAGAUGGUCCGGCUCACUAUUAGGGCUACAGAUGAGAGCGUGCCUGCUGUGCUACUCAAAUUGAUGGAGCAAAGGAUAUCGGCGGGUGUCUCAAAGCCAUCCUUGGCCCAUGAAGGGCCCACACGUCAAGAAAUCACGGAUGCCUUUAGUAAUGUGUUGGUGACAUAGGUCCCAUGGUAGUUUGAACAUAAAAUACCCAGUGUACAAACGAACGAACAUUGUUGAUAAUGCAGCCUAGGAAUGAAUGGGAGUUGAUGUGAUAGUAAUCCAAAUAAAGUAAUUUGGCUGGCAUGAUGUAUCCUUGCUGAAAACAUGUAGGUCGUGGUCAAAUACGUGAGCCAACAUUACUUACAAACGACAGGUAUUCAAUGGAUUCAAGCACCAGCUUGGCCCUAUCAUCUUGAGGCUUACAGCUUGGCUGGCUUGGGGAGAGGAAGUGCCCUGCGUGGCUUCCCUUGCCUGCAUGUGAUAACUCAUUUAACUGCAAGCAAGUUAGACAUCUGUACACAAGGCAGCUGCUGACAUUCUGCCCAGAUCAACACGCCUACGGGUGGGAGGUAGGUGUGAUGUGCGAGUCGAGUCGGAUCUAUAGUAGAGUGGUCACCGGCAUUGAA